AUGUACUACGUAACCCCCGCUGAAGGGGAGGUCUUCAAGCGCUUCAAUCCCGACCUGCAAAGGCGCAAUCUCGAACUGCGUGAACAACGCCUUAAGAACAACGAAGAAUUCGUGUCCAAGCUGAUCGAGUACUCGAAGUCGGAUAAGCCGAUAUGGGUCGUUGCGGCCGAGGAUGAGAAGAGGCAGAAGGCCGAGCAGGUGAAGAGAGCGGCGGGCGAAUUGGCGGAUAGGGAGAGGAUACGAGAGGAGAUGAGAAGAGCCCAGGUGGACGGAAGAUGA